AUGGACUCUCUGCCACAAGAAAUCCUGGAUAACAUCCUCGGCCGCAUACCUGCGCAAGGAAGUGACAGACAUAACAGUGAAUUAUUCGACGACAAUCUCAACUCUAACUUUGACUAUUCGUCAUUCCCAAUGAAGAUGGAACCUACGAUUGUGUACCGCCCUCACCGCGUCUUCGACCUGAUCUCGCGACCACGUAACAUCGAGGGUGACUUCCACCUCAUGCAAAAGCUUCCCAACUUAGAGUCCUUCAACUUGAAAAUUCCCGAGUUUCCCUUCUUCAUCAGACCGCGACGGGAAAUGCGACAAUCCUUGAUCGACAUUUUGUCCUCAAACCGGCUUCCAGCGUCAAUGAAGCACGGAAAGCUCGCCAUCACACCCAACAUGUACGGCCCCAAUCAGAAGCUGCCGCAUAUGACCAAAGAUGGAGAGAGCAACCCUCUCUUCAUUGCCUACGCAGAGCGAUCGACAGUCUCUCGGCUUUGA